GCAGCGACCACAGUCAGUCGGCCUCGAUGACGGAAUGCGUGAAAUUUUAAGAUGGUGAUGAGCAGUGUUUUCUUAAUUUUACAUAUAAAAUUGGAUAUUGGUGUACUAUAUUCUUGAUGAUAUAAUCAGAAUGUGUCCAAUGGUAUGAGUAAUAAGACAUUAGUACCUUUUCUUUUGGCGUAGUAGAUUCAAAGUGUUUAACGUGUUUAGUUAGAUCAUUGACAUUGUUUCGUUAUAAAUUUUUGUACCAUCGUGAUUGUUAUGUUUAUGGAAGUAUUAUGUGCUUUUGUAAUGCCCAGUCGAUGGAUUAGGCGUUUCUGAUGUUUUCGAAGUCAUGGAGAGGCAGGAACGUACAUAUGCCAACAUGGAGGCCACAGACACUGUGGACACCAAACAGUCAAAGCAGCGAGCGUCGAUAAAAUGGCUGUUGUCGAAGGCAUUCAACAACCGGGUACCGGAGAAUCUUCAGGAGCCAUUCUACAGGGAUCAUGAGGAUCAGGAGCAUUUAAAACCGCCGAUUGUCGGUGGGCUGGCCAACGCGGAGCUGUACUGCCUCGCGUUGGCCAACAUGUACUCCGAUCCCAACUACCACAACCUCAACCACUGGAACAUCCUGCAGACGUUGUCGAGGAAGGGCGUCCAAGUGCCCGACCCGCCGGACUGUGCGCUCACUGAGACUGUGCUCAUACAAACGAAUCCACUUAAAAUGGGUGCACAUUUGACUGUGAUAGAAGCUGUGAUGAUGCUAUACGCGCGGGAAGUGGUGACGUUAGACCGCGUGUCAGCGGCAGCGCAACGCUUCGGCACUAGUCAGCCGCUGCCCGUCGGCUCCAGCAUUCCUCACGAAGACGGUCUGCUCUGCUGGAUCAAUGCGGCAUGCGCGGCGCUUAACAAGGCUGAGGAGAACACAUCGUCACACGUGCCGAUGGUGAAAAGUCUCCAAGACCUGUGCGACGGCACCGCACUGGCCGCCCUCAUCUCGUUCUACUGCCCCGAGGCUCUUCCGCGGGCGGCGGUGCGCGUGGGACGCAUGGCCUCCAUACAAGACUGCCUGCAUAAUCUCAUGCUGGUGUACGAGUUCUGUCAGAACAGUCUACCUCACAACAUAUUCCACAUGAUGCCAGAGGACGUUACGUAUAUGCGAGGGUCAAUGCGUCAAAAUUUAAUAGCGAUGCUCGCGGAUCUUUUCAAUAUGUUAGAAGUACAUCCUGUCAAAUCGGUUAAAUAUCCAGGAAGCGCGAGCGAGGAGUGCAACGCGCACGGCGUGCGGCACAGACGCUGUCUGCCGCCGCCGCCGCCGCAGCCCAUCCCCGAGCUGCGCGCCGCGCCGCACGCGCCGCACGCGCCGCCGCACGCGCCGCCCUUCGCAGUGUCGCGCUCGCCGUCGGCGGGCGGCGCGCGCGCGCGCGGCGCGGCCAGCCGCUCGUCGUGCUCCACGCCCGAGCGCCGCAGCUGCAGCCCGCAGCGGGACGACUUCGUGGUGCACAGCCGCAAGGCCAUCACCACGCUCUCCGCCAUGGCGCGGCGGGACGACGAGAUGUUCGCGGAGCACGUGACGGCGGCGGGGCGGCCGUCCAACUGGGCGGAGUCUCGCGAGAGCAGCUUCGCGGGGCGGCGCUCGCGACGCUCGUCCGUGACGGACGACAGCCAGCUCACGGUGGAGAACUUCGGCGGCUCGCAGGACCGGCUGCACUUCGCGGGCCGCAACCCGGAGAAGGAGCUCGCCACGCUCGCCAACGUCCGCAAGAUAUCCGCGCCCGCCGGCCCACUCGACUACAAUCCGCCUCUUCGUUCCUCUCGGCAAGACAUUCGCGGCUCCAUUCAAUUAUUCCACGGGGACUACCAGAACGGUUCCCAGGACGAUCGACAGAAGGUUGAGCGUCAGCAGUCGCAGCCGCAGACCGCGGAUCCUCCCUUCCACCCCAUCAAGCGACAGCUCAGCAGCGAUACCAUUAAUCUCUCACAAAACUUCGGGUUCAACCACAAGGGCGGUGGAGAUGGGUUUUAUUUAAACGAACGGGACGCCCCUGAUGGUGACGUCACAAAAACAAGCUUCGCGGAUCUAAAUAAAAUUAGAAAUAACGGUGAUCAGACAGGGCCGGGCACGCCGGAGCGCCGCAAGACGUCGUUCUCGACGCCCCCGCCCAGCACCACCACGUGGCAGCAGCACUUCCUGCAGCACGAGACUCAGCCCAACGGCGACGAGGCGGCGGCGGAGGAGGCGGCGGGCGGCGGCCAGGCCAUGGCGGCGCAGCUCAACAACAUCCGCCUCAAGCUGGAGGAGAAGCGGCGCCGCAUCGAGCAGGACAAGCGCCGCAUGGAGCUGGCCGUCAGCCGCCAGCGCCAGCAGCUCGGCCAGCAGGCCUUCCUGCAGGCCGUCACGCGGGGCAAGGGCGCGCGCACGCCGGCCGACGAGCAGGUCGCCGCGCAGGAAAUGGUCGUCGAAGCGCCAAAUCAAGCCGCGGAAAACGCAGCGAUGGAACAGUAUCAGCAAUCGAUAGCAAAAAUGAACUCCAGCCUGCAGGAUAUACAGAGUGACAUCGCGAGGCUCGCCACUCAACAGAGCCAGCUACAGCAACAGCAACAGCAGCAGCAACAGCAGCAGCAAAAUCAGCAGCUGCAGCAGCAGUUGCAACAGCAGCAGCAACAAUUGCAACAGCAACAACAACAGUUGCAGCAGCAGCAACAGCAAGCGAAGCAAAUGUUCCAACAGCAUCAGCCACCUCAAUCCCCCUUCCAGCAACAGUAUCAAAACAUUCAACCAAACAUUCCUCAGCUGCACAGCCAAUUCAGCUCACAGCACAAUGUGUCGCGGCCGAUCAACGCGUUCGGGUCCACGCCGCACCUCCCGCGCGACUUCUACACCUACGAGGCGAACCAGACGGGCCCGCCCGCCGCGCAGCAGGUCGGCCAGCCGGGUGGCCCGCAUGGCGGCCAGCAGAAUUUCCAAUAUCAGUACAGGGAUAUAGAACAGGAUUUCGGUCGGCAGCAGUUCUACUUGCACGACAGUCCGGCGCCCCCGCAGCGACGCACGUGGGCGCAGCACGCGCAGCUGCAGCAGGAGAACGAGCUCCGGGGCUGGCAGCUACAUCAGCAGAACCAUCAGCAGAACCAGUACCAACAACCGCAACCCGAACCGGCGCAGAGAACAUGGAAAUCUCCCUCGCCUCAACCUCCUCCCGAAAAGAACUGGAAUCCGCAGGGCUUCGUCUUACAUGAGAGGGCGAACCAGCCUUUCCAGGUUCACUAUAAUACUGACCGGUACCAGAACGGCACCGAGAACGUUCGAGAAACGCAAAACCAUUUGAGCUAUACUGUGAUAAACCCUAACCAAUACGCAUCGCAAUCACCGCCUCUAUCGAGUCCGCGACGUUCGAGGACUCCCCAGCGCCAGGGAUCCCUACCAGAGGCUCGGCGGCCCGAGCCAGUAGGGCUUCACCAGCUACACUCGCCACAUCAGCCGCAGUAUGCGAAUCAAACUCAUCAGCCGCACCAAACACAUCAGCCGCACCAAACGCAUCAGACGCAUCAACCACAGCAGACGCAUCAACCUCACCAGACACUCCAGGCGCAAAACUCCGUCCCGGCGCCUCCCGACGACAUGGAGCCCCAGAACAUAUCUUUCAUCGGCAACGCCGAGGACGACGCGCUCCGGCAGGGCAUCAAUAGACUGAACAUCUCGUCCGGCACGCGAACCUACCGGAUCCCGUCCCCGACGAGGCCCUCGCUCGGCCGGAACUCGUUCCAACGCCUCGAUGAGCCCGCUGAGACGAACGAGAAGGGUUUCUACAUUUCGUUCGACAACGAGCAACCGAAACGACCGAAGCCGCCGCUGCGGGCCAAGCGGGGCUCCCCGCGGAAGGAGCGCUCCGAGUACGCGAGCCCCGAGCGCAGUCCUGAGAGCACGUGGAGCGACGACCGCCACGACGACAGGCGAGACGACCGGCGGGACGACAGGCGCGACGACAGACGCGAAGAGCGGUGCGACGAGCGCCGCGAGACGCCUCGAACGGAGGCGCCCCGCGAGCGAGCGCGCCCGCCUAGUGCCGAGCCCGCCGCGCUCGUCAUCGGCGAGCUCAACCCUGACCCCAAUUCCGCCGAGGAAAUGGAGCGCAAAAAGGAGCGCAUCAUGCUGCUGUCGCUGCAGCGGCGCCAGCGGGCGGACGAGGCGCGCGCGCGGGCCGAGGCGGCGGCGGCGGCGCGGCGCGCGCGGGACGAGGCCGAGGCGGAGAUGAAGGCGGCGCGCAAGGAGGAGCAGGCGCGGCGGCGGCAGGCCAUCCUCGCGCAGUACAAGCUCAAGAAGGCCGUGGAGGAGGCCGAGCGGGAGGGCAAGGUGUUCGACAAGUCGGAGUUCCUGGACACGCUGUCGCGCGGCGGCAUGCACGUGGGCGCUGCGAGCGGCCCGCCCACCAGCGGGGCGCGGUUGCGGGGCAAGCUGCCGACGCGUGCGAGGCCCAAGACCAUCCACGUGGACAGCGGCGCGCUGCAGGCCGCCGAGGGCAUGCUGGCGGGCAAGCAGCCCUCCGCCACCAACCUCACCGGCACCAUGCGACGUGACUACUACCGCGGAUCGCAGGACAACCUCGCCGAGAGGGCUGCCCUCUACAGAGAGUCGCCGGUGGAGGAGCGCGGCGGCGUGUCGCCCGGCAGCGCGUCCAGCGGGCUGGGCCGGCGCGGCUCCUGCAAGACCUCGCGAGAGCGUGUGAAUGAUGAACCACAGUCGACACGUGGAAGGUCUAAAUAUUCCACUUACCAGAAUAACUUUAAGGCGGGGAGGAAAUCUAGCUCUCUUAUGAACUUGUGCGACUCGGGGCUGGGCCGCGCCACGCCGCCGCGCCGCGCCGCGUCGCCCGGCCUGCGCGCGCUGGGCUCGCCGGCGUCGGGCCCCGGCUCGCUGCCCGGCGCGCUGCCCGGCGCCAUCGGCAAGCGGCGCCACGACGACUCCUCCGACGUGUCCUCCACGCACUCCUCCAUCAUGGACUACUCCGGUCCGAGAUUAUACAAACAGCCAGCGACGAAAUCGAAUCGCGGGAUAAUGCUGAACGCGGUAGAGUACUGCGUGUUCCCGGGCGCCGUCAACGCCGAGGCGAAGCGCCGCGUGCUCGAGGAGGUCGCGCGCUCCGAGAGCAAGCACUUCCUCGUGCUGUUCCGCGACGCCGGCUGCCAGUUCCGGGCGCUAUACAGCUACUGCCCGGACAGCGACACCGUGGCCAAGCUGUACGGCACGGGGCCCAAGCACGUCAACGACCGCAUGUUCGACAAGUUCUUCAAAUACAACUCGGGAAGUAAAUGUUUCUCUCAAGUUCAUACGAAACAUCUCACUGUCACGAUCGACGCAUUCACGAUACACAACUCGCUGUGGCAGGGCAAAAAGGUGCAACUUCCCAGCAAGAAGGACAUGGCUCUCGUCAUAUAGAGAAGGGCGCGCACGACGCGAAGUCGACCCUUGUCUUCGCCCAAGUCACGCCGGUGUCGUCGCGGCCCAAUCGCGUCGCAGGCCGUCACGCCGACACUUAUUGCAUUUCCAAACCUGCUACGUGAUUGGUCCGAUGACAGGUGACGACCGAGUCGGUCGACGUAACUAAUUAAAGAGUCCACGAUUUCUAGUCGCAGGCGGCGUCGAGUCGAGCCUUAUUACUCUUCAGUUUAAAACGCUUCGGUAGCGAUUAAAGCCAGUGUUGUAUUCUCGGUUAGUGCAUUUCGCGAGGUGAGAAACGUUAAUUUAAUGUAUAGUACAUACAGGUUGUUGACUGCAUUUACUAUGUCUUAACGAUCACAGAUUAAACAAACUAAUUUUAAUCUGUGCCACUAAGGCGGCCCGUGAAUGCAGCGUGUGGUGUGUUGUCGACCGGAGUUGUUGUUCGAUAACCGGUAACGCAACUGUUUUAGUAAGUCAUUUGCGACGUUCUUCAACAUUAUGCGAUUGCGAAUGAGGUCUGUGUCAUAUUGUACAGUUAGAAUGGAUAGGAGGGUCGAAAACUCGAAGAUUGGAAAAAGCUCGUAGCCUAACUGGAAUGUUAUAGAAAUCUUAAAAUAUAUUGGCUUUAAGGCGUUGUUUACGAUUUUAACGUGUUUUAGCGUAUUCAUUGCUUAGGUAAAAUGCAUUGGCUUUAAUAAAUGUAUGUUAAAAUGUGCGACACACGUUCUAGUUAGGUUAUGAGUGUGAAGAUGGCGGUUAUGUGUAUCGAAUGGUCCGAAAAGCGUUUUGUUUUUAUUUUACGUGAGUUACGUUUGAUUUAGGUUUCGUUUUCACUCUUUAAAAGGAAAUCAUUAAAUUAGUAAUUUCGAAAGUUACAAAAAUAUAUCAAUUUUUUUACAGACUUAAUAUGUGAUAUAGGCUGAGAAGUAUAAAAUGUAUACCAAUUUUUAAUGUAAGCAAAAUAAGUUUAUAAUUGAGACGUGACUUUCGAAAUGACUAUAAAAUCCACUCAUUAGUGGCCAGUCGUACCAUAAACUUUUCACACUGGUGUACAAAUAAAUAUAAAAGAUAACCAUACAUGUAACGAGUCUUAAAGUAUUAAUUAAUGAGAAUCAUAAUAUGACUAUUAUUUUAAGUGAUUUAUUUUAACAUCGAUUUUCUUGGUUUAUUUUUAGUGUUUUUUAACGAUCUUUUGGGGUCCAAAUUUGUACACGAGUGUGACAAAGCGCUCACACGUUUGUUUAGUUCGAUACAAAGGGAUCAUUGUACGCGAUGUUGCCAUAUGUAUUAGUGAGUUGGUCGAUACGUUCCAGUGAUUUCUCUCAAAUGAUGUACCAGCUAGGAUCAGAGUCAGUUGUAAUGCUCUUAGAUAAAUCAAUUUGAUAACUCUCACGAGCGCGACGGGCUCAAUUUUGACGUUUGUAUAUUUUAUUCACUGCCAUUUUGUUAUAAUACUCAAUUUUAAAAAGCAGUUUUAUACGCGAAGUAUCUGGAACGUUGUUUGGUAAUUCUCGAUUAGUGACUAAGAUUUUAAAAUGUUGUUAUAAACAUUCCUUGGCGCCAAAGGUUAGGGGAAUAACCAGAUAGCCGUCGUUUAAAAUAAUAGCUCGUAUUAGAAGAUUUUUAUACAACCGAGUUUCAUGGAAAAGCGAUGAAUACGAAUCGUCGAACGUCAAAAUAUUCACGGAUGUGUGAGAGUUAUCAAAUAAUAAGCAAUGCCUUGUUAUAUCUCUUAAGAAAAUAACAAAUUCACAAACUAAUCUUUGCUUACUCGUAAUAUGUAACUUGUUAGUGAUUAUUUCAAUUGACUGGAGUUAUGAUUAAGAUAAUGAAUAUUCGUUUAAAUGACCUUCACUUAUGUUGAUUAAAAUUCGAUUUUUUACUGCUUGUAUAGCUAAAAUAAGACAAGGCACAUUUUACGUGGUAAUUGUACUGCCUUAUUCUGUAAAUAAUUGUUUUCUUUUUUGUAUACAGCUAUUUAUUAAAACGAUGUUAAACGAAAAAUUGAUGAAUAUCAUUUUUCAUUGUUCAAUGAUUGGUCAUCAAUUAUAUACUACCGAUAGUGUAUGGUAUGCAAAUAUAUUGUAUUAUUAAAAAGCAUAACGAAAUAAUAUUGAAUUUCAUAUUAA